AUGAAGAAAUAUACGCUAGAGGAGAGACCCAUAUGUAAUGCUGUGAAUGUGUUUCGCGAGAGAGGCAAUUACUUGCAGAGAUUGGAACAAUUCGAGAAGGCUAUUCUUGCUUACAAUGAAGCUCUACGAUGGAAUAGUUCAGACGUCCGCUCUUUGCUUGGUCGUAGCUUAGCGCGAAUAAAAGCUACACACUAUAAAGGUGCUUUGGAAGAUGCAGCGCAUGCAGCAGAAUUAGAACCUCAAAAUUGCAAAGCGUUACAAAUAAGAGCGCAAACGGAAUACGAACAGAGUGCCUUCGAGCGGGCGUUAGUUCUCUCUCACCGAGGUAAACGAUUGAGGAGAGUUCCACCAGAUUUUGAUGAGUGUGCCAGAUGCGCCGAGGAAACGGUACGGGAAUGUGCUGGAAAGACAGCCAGUUCUGUGCUGGAAACAGCUGUGGCUUUGGUACGGAAUAUCGAAAUUAAGAAAAUAUCUAUUGACGAAAAUGCUCCCAGCAAACGAAUCCACUUGCCUCGAAUGCAACCAAAGCAAUCAUUACAGGUUCAGGAGAUAUCUCGCGCGGAAAAACAGAAAGCCGAACAAAUCUCCCGUUUAAUGGCCUCGAAAUAUUUGGAACGAAUGGCACAUGACAAAUAUUUCUUAACGGCUCUGUGUAAGGACGAACGUCUGGUAUCGGCCAAUAAACAAAGCUCAAAGAAACUACAGGAAUUGGCAAAUAAAGCUCUCGCCGAUGUGGAGAAACGACAAGUACCUCAAUAG